CGGAUCCUGUUGUGAUCACUCUCAGUGUUGCCCUGCUAUUACAACCUAACGUGAAUACGCUAGAGAGGACAAACCUGCACAAUGUAAAGGUUAGAUUUCUUUAAUGGGCACCGUGUCCCGCUGCGCGCCCACGGAUGGUGUUUACUACACACUGCAGACGGUGAUGCGGCGAUCAGUGGGUGUGCGCUUCUUAACACCGAACUGCAUCCAGCAUCUACAGCAGCAGCAGCAGCUGAGGGAGCGAUGUGUUUUUACUCCCUGCUCUACCACAUCCUCUCUCGGUUAAAGUGUACGGAUCCGAGCUACAGAACAGAUUAAAACGUUUAUUUUCCGCAGCAGCAACAGUCAACGAAUCAAGAUGAAAUUUCCCUCUGAGAAUCCAAGAAAACCAGGGAGCAUGAACCCUCCACCAGUGCCAGUCCAGACCAACUUGGUCCCCCCAAAGAAGGUGCAACCGGGCAUGCUUCAGUCCAGCCUGGUUCAUGCCAGUGUUGCCACCAUGCAGAACCCAAUGGGCUGCUCCCUGCCGCGGCUCUCCGCUUCCCCCCGCCCCCCCAGCGUGGUGGCCAGCAUGGAGGCGGCGGCUGACGGCUCUGCCCCGUUCACCAUGAUGAAGCUGAAGACGGUGCUGGCAGUGUUUGUGGUAGUGGUGGCCUACCUGGUGGCAGGGGGUCUGGUGUUCCAGGCACUGGAGCAGCCCUUUGAAAACAACCAGAAGAUUGCCAUCACAGCAGAGAAGGCUGCCUUCCUGCAGAAACACCACUGUGUGACCCCAGAUGAGCUGGAGGCAAUCAUAAAGCACUCUGUGGAGGCUGUGAAUGCAGGAGUGAAUCCCGUUGGUGACACAUCCUACAACUCCAGUCACUGGGACCUGGGAAGUGCCUUCUUCUUUGCUGGGACUGUCAUCACAACCAUAGGUUAUGGGAACAUUGCCCCAAGCACAGAGGGAGGGAAGAUCUUCUGCAUCCUGUAUGCAAUAUUUGGCAUUCCUCUAUUUGGUUUCUUGCUGGCAGGCGUCGGGGACCAGCUUGGUACAAUAUUUGUCAAAAGCAUCGCCAAGGUGGAGAAAAUGUUUCGGAACAAACACAACCAGAUCAGUCAGACUAAGAUCCGUGUGGCCUCCACCCUUCUCUUCAUCCUGGCUGGCUGCAUCCUCUUUGUCACCAUCCCAGCAGUGAUCUUCAAAUACAUAGAAGGCUGGACAGCUCUGGAGUCCACAUAUUUUGUGGUCAUCACUCUGACAACAGUUGGAAUAGGUGACUAUGUGGCAGGGGGAAACCGACGGAUCGAGUACCGGAAGUGGUACAGACCACUGGUGUGGUUCUGGAUACUGGGUGGUCUGGCCUACUUUGCUGCUGUGCUCAACAUGAUCGGUGACUGGCUGAGGGUCCUGUCAAAAAAGACAAAAGAAGAGGUUGGAGAGAUCAAGGCUCAUGCAGCAGAGUGGAAAGCAAAUGUACGUGCAGAGUUCCGGGAGACGAGACGGCGUAUGAGUGUUGAGGUGCAUGACAAGCUGCAGCGAGCUGCCACAAUCCGUAGCAUGGAGAGACGGCAGCUGGGCCUGGACCAGCGCGCCGUGUCCCUGGACAUGCUUUCCCCUGAGCGACGAGCAGUCUUCAACAGUCUGGACACUAACACUUACAAGACAUCAUCCCAGGAGAGCAUUGAUACCAAGCUGAACAACCUCCGGCUGCGGGGCGCUGAGCACUGCGAUCGAAGCUCUGACCACCAAACCACGUCUGAGGACAACAUUUUUAAUCGCCUGGGUUCCGUCACCAAGUUGGCCAAACGCAACAGGAACAGGGACCUGAAGAAGAACAUCCCGGACGAGGCUCGCCGGCCUCACAGUGAGGCCUACGGCUGCUUAAUGCCCACUUUUGACUGCAGUGCAGAAGAAGGGAAAAGGAAGGAAGAAGGAGAGGAUGAGCUUGAAGACAAGGAGUGCAACACUAGCUUGUCUGAUUUCCCACUUUUUGUGGAAAUAUGCAAACCACAGAAUGGGUUUUUACUAGAGCAGACCAAAGAGAAUGAGAGCGAGGAAACACUUGAAGCAAAAGAGCUGCAUAUUCACAUGGAUCCAUAGACCGAGUGCUCUCCUGCAAGAGGAGCUUUUAAACGUCACCAGUAGUGCCUUAAGUCUCCCUGACUCCUGUGUGUUGAAGCAGGGACCGUCCCUGUCCCUUUGUGCUACAUAUUGUAAUGUUCACACUAUUCACUGGGCCCUAUGGAUAUAAUAGUCACGCAUUGUGUUUAUAAACGUAAGACAUGGUCAGGUCUCUGCAACUGUGCUAUGCCAAAUAGUUGUUCGCUACUAGGUGUCAAUUAAUAACACACAUCUUACGUCUGUAGCUGUGGCCAUUAUUUCUCUCAGUUAUUUUAACACUGUACUGAGCUAAAGUGAUGUCAUGUAAUGCAACAUAUGACAAACGUGAUGACAUGGACCAACAGAACAAGUGCACCUACCUACUCAGCUCUCCCUAUGUGUCACUUCUGUAGCAUUUGUGUAUUGUGCAGAGAUGACCCUGUUGACAUUUGUUCAGUCAGUGGUUAGAAAAAUAUCUCAAAAUUGUAUUAGUCAGACUAAAACCAGACUUUUAAAAUACUAUUAAAAGUAUUAUACUAUUAAAGUAUAUUAUUAAAAAUACUGAAUAAACAUGUAAUCCAGCUGAAAGUUUACUUUAUUGAAUUUUCCAAAGUUUGACUAACACCCAGAUGAUGCCACUGGGAGUUAAAUCACUAUUACGUGUGCAGUAUGUUCAACAACUCAAAAUGUUCCACAGUUCCUGCUUCAGGAAUUUGACCCAGGUAUAAAAGUAGAAGUCAUUACAAAGAAGAACAUGAAGCCACACUGUUGCUUUUUUGGACUGAUGAUGACACUGAAAUUAUGAUCUGUAGACCAAUCAGAAAGAAUCAGAAAAUCAGAACAUCAUUAUCGUGAUUGUAACCAGUACAGCGGAAAUUUUAAGUGCAACCCUAUUCAGUGCAAAAAUAAUAGAACAAUAUGAAGCAAAAGGAAGUGAAAAUGAUAAUAAACUAGUGGAAAGACACAGCUGAAGUCAACCAGAACACACUUUCUAAUUCUAAGAAGCUUAGAGGGGGCCUAUUGCCACUGAGAGUACAUUACAUUACAUUACAUGUCAUUUAGAGUAACAUAGCCAGGGACAAAUGAACAAUGAAUUGAAAAAAGGACAGUAGAUAAAUUAAAUGGCAAAGUUCAGCUGCAACCUUAGCUUGACUUAACUGUUCAUGGAAAUAAAUACUUACUAGCAGUGCUCUCCUUUGUUUUCUUCUUCUGUGUGUUAUACUUUCAUUUGUAGCAUUAGAGAAGUUGAACUUUUUUUCUCAUUUGUUACAAUAACCUGUAUACACUUGUUUUUGACUAUUAGGAAGUUCUAUGCUUGUCAGCGCUGUUGGUUUUUUUGUUUGUUUUUUACCAAUGAUGUUGGUUUCAUUCACUCAAUCACUUACAUUUGAAACAUUUGUUACAAUUCUAACCAACACGUCAUCUUUGUGUUGACUUAAGUACUUUCCACCUAAUUUGUGUUUUACUUUACA